CCGUAUUAAAGCGAGAUAACUGCCAUACGUUUUUUAUUCUUUUUCCCUAACAACAGCAAAUCAUUUGGCCAGAAAAAAGCUUACAAAGGAAAAGAUACUCAAAGACAAUUUCCAUUUCCCCAGGCCAAUUUCCUCUGCCUUGAAGAAAGAAAGAAAGGGGAGCGAUCCGAUCGGAGACUGCGAAACCCGAACCGGAAAGAGAAGCAGCAUGGGGAAGGAUCUCAGCGACGACCAGGUUCACUCGAUGAAGGAAGCCUUCGUCCUCUUCGAUACCGACGGCGACGGCAAAAUCGCUCCCUCCGAGCUCGGUAUCCUCAUGCGCUCUCUCGGCGGGAACCCGACCCAGGCCCAGCUCAAGGCCAUCGUCGCCGAGGAGAAACUAACCGCUCCUUUCGAUUUCCCGAGGUUCCUCGACCUAAUGGGGAAGCACAUGAAGGCCGAGCCCUUCGAUCGACAGCUCCGCGACGCCUUCAAGGUGCUCGACAAGGAUUCCACUGGUUUUGUCUCCGUUCAGGAUCUGCGCCACAUAUUGACCAGCAUUGGGGAGAAGCUGGAGCCCGCCGAGUUCGACGAGUGGAUCCGGGAGGUGGACGUCGGGUCGGAUGGGAAGAUCCGGUACGAGGAUUUCAUUGCUAGGAUGGUUGCUAAGUGAGGAAACAAAAAGACCCGUUUGCUGCAAUUGAUCACGGUAAAGGGAUCUGGGUUGUGUUUUCGUGUCUUGUUUGUUUAUGAUUCUGCUUUUCUCAAGUAAUUUCGGGUAAGAUUUGGCUUCAAUUUGGCUCCUAGGGUUUAUGGGCAUUUCAUGUGGUGGAUGACUGACAGUAUGUUGAAUUUGAAGUUGAUGAAGCAAUGCUACAUCUAUCCGUUGAUCAUUUUGGGGGUUUCUUUUGGUUUUUUAAUUUUUUUGUUCUAUUUCCCCUUUGAUCAUCAUGGGUAGUCCGUAGUUGUACUUUCUGGUAUCUCAAAUGUGAAUCUAAUUGUAUUAACGCCUUUGUUAAAAACUCUGGCUCUUUUAUUAUUAUUUCUUGAACAGUUUCCCUUUUAUGGAAGUUGGUUGCAUGCAAAUGACUAUUCUUGCUCUUUAGUUCCAAGUGUGCAACCGUAGAUAGUCGAAGUACUAUGUUGUUCUUGGCAUGGUUUUGAUAUGCUUAGUAAAUGGUGUUGUUGUGCUUUUACUGAUGGCUUGGAUAAGUCGAAUUGGUGUCAAUUCAAUGAUAGCUGGCCAGCUUGUUGUUUGGUAGUGAGAUUGAUGAACUAGUUUUCUACACUGGUGUAGUAACUAUCAGAGCAUGACAAUUAUGCAGGGGCGUACCCGGUCCACUGGAGUUGAGGAUGCCCUUGAGAACAUUUGUUUAUGUUAUGUGUUCUUUUGUUUCUAAGUUUGUGAAGUAGUUGCUGGAAUGCUAAUCUAAUAAGUAAUAACAACUUGUAGUUACUGGAAGUUAAGACUGUGAACGAACCAGAGAGCACCCAGUUGCUCUGCUCGUGUUAGGGUAUCAGUAGCCAUUUACAAAGUUGGUAUGGAUGAAGGAUUACUAGGAGUGUCAAUGUUAUAGAGUGUGCUGCAGUCAGAGAACCGGUAAUCAAACGCCAGGAUGAUUCUUGUACAAGUUUUGUUCAUGUUAAUAAUAGAGAAGGAAAUUGGGUACUCAGACUUACGGGGAUCUUAUGGAGAGGAACUUGGGACUUGAAGUGGACAUAAUCUCCCGGCGCCGCUAAGACGCCUUUCAUUGCUUUACUAGUUCAGGGAUUGUGCAACAAAAACCUUGAGAUUCAUGAGUGAUUUAUUGUAUUAUGGAGUUGAUAAGUAACAAAAACCUUGAGAUUCA